GUAAUCACAGUUAAAUCGCAGCGGGCGCGCUGUAAACUUGGCAGGUUGCAAAGUGACUUGGCAUGGACCCGUCCCGGCAGGUGGAGACUAGAAAUAUCAGUCAGUCGUUCUUUCACCUCACUAGCAAACAAAGACUGUGUUUCCCUCCCAGGUGAUGAAGGUUACCAAGUAGGCGAAACAAGAGGAAGUCCAGGUCGUUGAGCUGCAGUCUUCUCAUACCUCAUACCUUAAGUCAUACCUCGUAGGACUUGCUGGACGAGUCCUGAAACUCGAGGACAGGACGCACCCGUCUGUCGGAUAUCCUCAUAUUCUGUGACUCACCGUGAUGUUUUUUAAAGCCACGAGUUUCUCUGUUGUCAAGUGUGUUGUCCAUGUGCACCAUGACCUCAUCAUCACGCAUCCUGUCGGCCAUUGUUCCCCACACACAACCCUCAACUGUUCAACCAUCCACGGGACACGUUGUUGACAUUUUAGUCGGUAUGCGCCUGUUAGCAGUGUCAAUAUUUACCAGCAGCUCCGUGAGAGAGAGGGAGGGAAACAAGCGAGUGACCCCUCUGAGCUGCCACCAUGGCCCUGGUUCAGGCUAUGCCCAUAUCUGCUGAACCCCACAACCAAGGCCACAGUGGAGGACCCCGCAGGAGACACCCCUCCGGCUCUUCACCCCCCAUCCACGCACCAACCUCCACUCUGGAUCCUAUGGGUUCUGUCAGUAGCCUCAUCGCCACCCGCCCCGGACCCUACCAGGACCACCGAUCUGUGGUUGAGCUGGGAGCCAGGGUCCGACGGUCCACGCCAGGCGCCCCUGGCCUGGGCUCCGAGUCGCCUAUAGACCCUCUAAUACUCCAGAGCAUCCAGUCGCUCAAGAAUCAGAGCUGCACCACUUCCAGCAAGGAGAGCGGGCAUGUGAACUAUACCUAUCUGAAUGAGGACUAUGUAGGCGACUGGAACGACAAUCAUGUGACACGUUCCAGUCCAGGAAGUGAUGCAGAUGAGACUAAAGGAUCAGGGCUGAAUGGGAACAUGGGGGGACCUCCUCCAAAACUCAUCCCUGUGUCCGGAAAACUUGAGAAGAACAUGGAGAACACAGUCCUGCGUCCCACUGCCUUCAAACCCGUCAUCCCUAAGAACCGUACCUCCAUGCAGUACCUCUCCCCUCGCCACUGUGCCAACGUAUCAGAAAGCCAAAACAACCUGAACCUGCUGAGUCCCACCCACACAGAGGUGUCGCCCUCCUGCUCUGAGAAAAGCAGCUCGUACAGCAGAGCCCGUAACGGCUGCAGCGGCAGCAGCCACUCCUGCCAGCUGACCGACUCCGGACGCAACUCCCUCUGCAGCAUCCCACCGUACGGCAGCGGCGGCGGCUACAGUCUGGCAUCCGGAGAGGCCUCUGCUGGCCACCUGGAGCCCACGAAAAGUGCUCCGGCAGUCAGCGGACACGGACACUCCAACUCAGACAGCGGGCGCUCGUCCUCCAGUAAGAGUACGGGCUCCGGGUCCAUAAGUGGCCGAGGUCAGCCUCUGUCUGACAGCGGGUCUAGUGGGCGCUCCCCUGGCCCGGUGGAGUGUUACGAGGGUGUGGUGAGAGACCUGGAGGACAAGCUGAGGGAGAGGGAGCUGGAGCUGCAGCAGCUCAGAGAAAACCUGGAUGACAACGAGGCCGCAAUUUGUCAGGUUUAUGAGGAGAAGCAGAAGCGCUUCGAGCUGGAGCUGGAGGAGCUGAGGCAGGGCUGUGCCACCAGGAUGCAGGUCGCCUCGCAGAAGGCCCAGCGUGCACAGCAGGUUCUCCAGUUGCAGGUUUAUCAGCUCCAGCAGGAGAAGAAGAAGCUGCAGGAGGACUUUGCUCAGCUCCUGAAGGAGAGGGAGCAGCUGGAGGAGCGCUGCACCUCCUUUGAGCACGAGAAGAUCCAGCUGGGGCCUCGACUGGAGGAGAGCAAGUGGGAGGUCUGUCAGAAGUCGGGGGAGAUCUCGUUGCUGAAGCAGCAGCUGAAGGAGGUGCAGGGGGAGUUAUCCCAGCGCGUGGGAGAGAUCGUCUCCCUGCGGGGUCAACUCAGAGAGGCUCGCGGCGAGCUGACCAACGCCCAGGUCCUUCUCCAGGAGGCCCACGGCACGACCCGCACCAGAACCCUGGAGCUGGAGGUCUGCGAGAACGAGCUCCAGCGGCGCAAGAGCGAAGUGGAGCUGCUCAGAGAGAAAGUGGGACGCCUGGAUGUGGAGCUGUCUCAUCUCAGAGACGCUCUGGCCAAUCAGGGCCCGGGGAACCGACAGUGCCAGGUGUUCCAGGAAGCGGAGGAGCGCCUGCUGGCCUACGAGAGCGACGAGGCGAAGGCCCAGCGGCAGAGCGGCGCCGAGGCCCUGCAGAGCAUGAAGGCUCAGAUGGACAGGAUGAGGGCCGAGCUGGCCUUUGAGCGGCAGCGGGCCGACCAGCAGACGGGAGGCUUCGAGGAGGAGCGCAAGAUAUGGCAGGAGGAGAAGGACAAAGUCAUCCGCUACCAGAAGCAGCUGCAGCAGAACUAUGUGCAGAUGUACCGCCGGAACCGAGAGCUGGAGCAGAUGCUGCAGGAGCUCAGUCAGGAACUGGAGAGCAGAGAGGAGGACGAGGGCAGCGGCAACGAGAUCAACUUUGACGAGAUCGCCGCCACGGAAAUCUGAUCCACGUGGCCCUCCAUCUCUUGAUUUGCACUACUGUCAGCUAAAUGUCUGUUUAUUUUUUCACGCUACAUGUCACAGAUCUGAUCUCUGUUGUGCUGUUUGUUGAGAUGACAAAUGAGCAGAUAUCACAAAUGUCAAAAAUACAAACAUCUGCAGCCAUACUUUUGUUCUCUUCUCCAAGUCCUCAGCUGCCACUCCGUUAAUGUCUGUACCUAACCAGUGAUCUCUCUCUGUUUUAUGCAUUUCUGGUAGAGUUUGUUAUCUGUGAGUAACUUCACUCAACCUUUCACUCUCCUCCUCCUGCGUCGGUCAUGACUCCACCUCCCCUGCUGCUGGGUUUUAACGCUACACUCCCACUCUGUGUUAGCAGUCACCUCUCGUUAAUUUAGCCGGAGCCCACGCUUGUUGUCGACUGUCAGCAAACGUGGGACAGCACACAUUCAGCAUGAAUCAGAGCGGGGCGAUGGUGACGACGGAUGCACUCUCAUCAUGAAGUAAACAGUAGAUGUUUUCUAAAAUACGUCUACUUCCUCAAUAUGUAGGGACAAAAACACUAAUUUUCCAGUCAUAUAAAGCACAAAGUCCUUGUUUUUAUAAAACAAAGUUAAAGCCCUCCUUUAAUUGUUCUCACAUAUCCUGGACACUUUACCCUAAAUGAACAUCUGUAGAGUAAUGUAACUAAACACAGUAACAUCUGGAUUUAAUUCAGCUUUAAAGGGAUAGUUUGGAUUUUUUUUCAGUUGGGUUGAACGCACGUAGUUUGGAAUAGCUCAAUGUUAUUAUUCACACCUGUGUGCUUUUCCUUCAGUGACAUGUUGAAAUGUCUUCUGUGGAAAAAUAGGUCUUCUAUUAAGUCAAUGAAGAAAGCAAUCGAAGGUUCUUAAAUCACAUUAAUGCAAAACGUUCUGUGGUUUCUGCCUCCAAAAAGAACUCACAACACUAAACUGCUGCCUUAAAUUUUAGUCUUUUCAUCGUUCACAUGCUCUUCAGAUGCUCCCGGUUGGGAAGUUGUUCUUCAUCACCUUAAAAUCUUAAUGUGGAAAAACAUAGCUGAUGUGUUGUAUUGUUUAGAGCGUAUAAACAACAGGUGAUAACUGUUUCCUAAAACCACUAAAAUAUAUUGUAUUAUUAUUGCUUUACCCGACUGGUUAUCAGUGUUUAUAAUAUAACAAAUAAAUUAACUAAAUAAAUCACUUUAAUAACUCAUGUAGGUGUCUAUGGGAACAGCAACCAACAGUUACAACCUUAUACUACAUAACAAAGUACAUGUGAGCAAAAAAUGUAUAUGCAAUAUGUGAAUCGAUAAAGUUUCUUAUUUUGUCCGCCAUGUUUCUGCCUAAUAGGACGCCAAAGGCAAGUUGUGUACCAACAUUUUCGCAGACUUUUCAAGUCGAUGUUUAAGUGAAUUUUACCAUUUUGGUUGUAACUUUUCUAAUUAUUCCAACAACACAUGAAUUUAGCAUUUAAGUUAAACAAAGUAUAAUGUUUUUUAGCCUUUUUCCACUUUAAACAUUGUAGUUGUCCUGUAUAAUAAACCAAAUAUUAGUGAUAAACAGUGUUGUGAGUCCUCAGGAGGUAAGAAUCACAGUUAUAUUAUAAUGUAUUGGGUAUAAAACCCAAUAACAAAUUAAUAUAGACUCAUGGUACAGAGUAUAUCCUUAUAUCGCCCAUUCCUACUGUUUUAAAUAAGUACUACUAGUCAUAGUAAUACAAGCCAAAAGUAUAACACGUAAUAAUCAGAGUGUGAAUACUUGAAUUCAGUGUAUUUUACCAGUAAAAUAGAAAUGUUUUACAAUUAAGAAAAGGGUCUAUAAGAGGUUAAUUACUCUGUGUGUGAUUUUUAGAAACACUGAUGGGAAACGUGCUGAAUAAAGUGACCAUGACACUUCUGAUUUUUUAACCAACAUUUACAUCAUAAGAUCUGUUCCAUGUUUAUUUACGUCCCUGUACGCCAGAACCAAGAGAAAAAAGACACUUUUUGUUCCUCCAUUACUGCUGAUUGAAUCAUCGUCCUCUGUAAAUAACCCUGACCAAUCAUAACGAGGUGUCUGUCCAUCCCAAAACCAUCAAAAAAUACACAUAGUCACUGUGAAUAGACCAAAGCAAUGUCGCAUAUUAUAUUUUGCUUGACUGUAAUUAAUGUUUGUUGUGGAUGUUUGUUCCGGUUCCUCAGUAUAAUUUUAUAAUCCACAAUAUUUGUAUGGAGACAUUAAAUGUAUAUUUUCAUGCUGUACAUCCGUUGAACAAAACUACAAUGUUUUUAAUAAAAAAAAAA